AGUCGGUGAUGCAGAAUCCGAUCGGCUGUGGUCCAGAAGGCAAUCGUAAGCUAUAGAAAUUUUCAUUUUCGUCUUUGAGUUUGAGAAAUUUUCUGGGUACGAUCUGAUUGUGAAUCUGAGUGUUACCCUAAAAUGGUGGCGAGGAUAUCAGUGAAGCCCACCUUAGGCAUAGCGGUGGUUGCUCUCUCUUUUUCCUUCCUACUCCUACUCUUGUCGUUCUAUUCUCCAUUAUCUCAAACUUCACUUCCUACAACUUCACAACAACUAGGAGAAAAGGGUAUAUGGAAUGUGAGGAGGAUGUUUGAAUGGAGACCUUGCAAGUGGUGGCUACAAGGACAUCUUUCUGCUCUUCCAGCCCAAAGUAAUGGAUAUAUUCGAGUGGAUUGCUAUGGAGGCCUCAACCAGAUGAGAAGAGAUUUGUGUGAUGGUGUUGGUAUCGCCCGCCUUUUGAAUGCAACCUUGGUUUUGCCAAAGUUUGAAGUGGCUGCGUACUGGAAUGAAUCAAGUGGUUUUGCAGAUAUAUUUGAUGUUGACUACUUCAUUCAACAAAUGAAUGGCUUCAUUAGAGUUGCCAAGGAGUUGCCACAAGAGAUUGCAUCAAAGGAACCAUUUCAUGUAGACUGUAGAAAACGCAAAGGCCAAUUUGACUACGUUGAAAGUGUACUUCCAUCACUGGUGGAGCAUCAAUAUAUUUCAAUCACACCAGCUAUGAGCCAAAGAAGGGACAGGUAUCCACGGUAUGCAAAAGCUGCUCUUUGUCAAGCUUGUUACAAUGCACUACGUCUCACAAGAUCCAUAGAACAGAAAGCAUCUGAACUUUUAGAAGCUAUGCCUAAACCAUUUCUUUCACUUCAUCUUCGAUUUGAACCUGACAUGGUUGCUUACAGCCAAUGUGAGUACCCUGGCCUGUCUCCUGGUUCACUAAAAACUAUUGAGGAGGCACAAGGAGAUAGAAAACCAUGGACUGGAGAAUUGGCUCAGAUUUGGAGAAAACGGGGAAAAUGUCCUUUGACACCCAGUGAAACGGCCUUCAUACUUCAAGCUCUCAAAAUCCCAACAAACACAAAUAUUUAUUUGGCAGCCGGGGAUGGUCUAAUGGAAAUCGAAGGAUUAACUUCUGUUUACACCAAUGUAGUUACCAAGUCUAGCCUUCUUAGUGGUGAAGAUUUUAGAAGCAUGCAUGGGAACACUAAAGCUGCUCUGGAUUAUUACGUGUCUGUUAACAGCGAUUCGUACAUAGCAACAUACUUUGGGAACAUGGAUAAGAUGGUUGCAGCAAUGAGAGCUUUCAAGGGCUUGUAUAAGACUCUUUUCUUAAGCAGGAGAGCUUUUGCAGAAUUCACUUCCAAGGAUUUUAAAGGAGAGGAGUUAAGCCAAGCCCUUUGGGAAGCUCAUAGAGAUGACUUUGUAAUGGGGAAAGGAUCUGCUUUGCCUGAUUGCUUUUGUGAGUUCAAGUUGUGAUUACCAAGUUUUGUCUCAUCUCUUGUGAAAAGAUUCAAAGAUCGCCCUGCGACAAUCAUUCAUUACUAACACCUACUAAUUAAGAUACUAACCUCUCUAUUGUUUGAAGUGGUUCAUUGUUUUGAUGUAAAGUAAUUUAUCAUUGGGAUUUAUUGUGUUUGUAGCACUUAAGUAGUCAAGUUAUUUUUUUGGCAGUGAAAUUAUUUUCCAUC